UUUGUCCCCCCCAAAAACACGAACGAGGCGGUUCUUCGCCACUUCGAUUCGAUUCAAUCCCACUCCUCGACGGCCCACCAAAUCCCACCCAAUUCCAAUCCGACACGCAUAAUCAAGAACCCCAAAUCGGAUCGCGAAGCAACGAAAUCCCUAGAAAAAUCUCCCAAACCGGCACAUCGAGCUCGAAGCCAUGCCUUCCCAGAGAGGCAUAGUCAUCACAGUCCCUGUCCUCGUGCUCUCGGUCCUCGGAGCUGCCAUUUUCCUCUUCUUCCUCUUCUUCUCUCUCUCCUCCUGCUCUUGCCCCGGCCCCUUCCCCGCCGCCUCCUCCGGCUCCGCCGUGCCCGUUGGCGGCGGAGCUAGGGGCGGGAUCAGGCCGACGGAGGCGGAUAUAGAGUGGGUGAAGGGUCAGAUCCGAGCUAACGGGUUGCAUAUGCAGGACAACGUGCUCCGCAAGGGGAUCAACCCUCGCACCAGAGCUCAACAGCUCGAAGAUCUUAACCAAUUCAAGGGCAUAUCUCAUUACGAAGAGCCAGAUUCAAGCAACCAUACUGCCCUUCCUUGUCCUGGGGAGCUUCUUGUUGAAGAGCAUCAUAGCUAUUAUGGUGAGCCUUGGGCAGGGGGUCGAGAUGUGUUUGAAUUUCUCGCGGAUGCUGUGCACCUUAAACCUGACUCGCGUGUUCUUGAGAUUGGUUGUGGGACACUCCGAGUUGGCUUGCAUUUCAUUACUUACUUAGAUCCUGACCACUUUCACUGCCUAGAGAGGGAUGAGCUUUCUUUAAUGGCUGCAUUCAGAUACGAGCUGCCCUCACGUGGUUUGUUGCAUAAACGCCCUUUGAUUGUGCGGGGUGAGGAUAUGGACUUCACCAAGUUUGGUUCUGGAAGUACGUACGAUCUGAUAUAUGCUAGUGCUGUGUUCCUGCACAUGCCUGAUAAGCUUGUAUGGGUUGGACUGGAGAGAUUGGUGGGCAAGUUGAAACCUCGUGAAGGACGCAUCUUUGUCUCACACAACAUAAAAUUCUGCUCACGAUUGGGAGGUGAGGAGUGUACAAGGAGACUCACAAGUUUAGGUCUUGAGUAUGUUGGGAAGCAUGCACAUGACAGCUUGCUCUUUAACCACUAUGAGAUUUGGUUUGAGUUCAAAAGGUUUAAGGAGUAGAAUAUUGGCACUGUAGAACAUUUAAAGCAAGAAUCAAGCGUGCAGCAUCCGCCCAUUUUUGCAGGGUAUUGCUGUAUUACUCUUUGACAAGAUAACGUACAAAUGCUACAUCAGAAGUAAACAGCAAUUGCAGCUUGACAGUUGAGGAAUUGUACCAUAAAUUUGAUUGUGCCUUGUAGUUUCAAUUCUUUGUCUCUUUCUCUCUGAUAUUUGAUGUUACAGUCAAAGGAAAUUGAUGGAAUUUGUCAGGCUGUAUGUAUCAGAUGCUGAUUUAUCAUUUCAUUGAUCUGCCACACUUGUGUUCUUUCCAGCUAUGAGCUCUUUAAUUCCACAUAUGCUGUAGCGACUGUAUCAUGUGAAAUGAGUUAUUGAACUCUGCUUUGCAGUUUCAA